GGGGGAAUAACCAUAUCCACUGAAAUCAGCAACCCCACAACCUCACGCUAAAAAAUCAACAUGUGCACCAAUCCAUCAUUAACAGUGUAGUUUCCCCCUUGUGUAUGCAUAAUAAAAUAUACUCUCACAUUUGCCAUAUGAAUAUAGGUAGUUGCUUCUUGAGCCAAGGCAAACUCUCUUUCCCAGCAAGUAGUAAUAUUAGGGUUCCGAGAGAGGUUCGCAUAGGGUGCGUGUCUCGGCGCGUGAAGGCUGUGAUGAGGAAAAAGAGUGGCACCUCCAACAACAACCCUAAUAAGGCUCAGAAUGCGAAGGCCAUUGUGAUUGUGAAGCGAAGUGGUGGUGGUGGGCUACUAACGAAUCUCGUUAGAGAUGGUGUUGAAGGGAUUGAAGAGUUGGUUGGGAAAACUCUUACUUUGGAGCUUGUUAGCAAUGAGCUUGAUUCAAAAACAAACUUAGAGAAAAAGACAAUUAAAGGUGAUGCACACAAGACUGAGGAAAAAGAGGAUGAGGUGUAUUAUGAGGCCACAUUUGAGUUACCAACAGAGUUCGGGAAAGUUGGUGCUGUUUUGGUUGAGAAUGAACAUCACAAUGAGAUGUUUUUAAAGAGCAUAGUCUUUGAUGGUUUCCCUGAUGGCCCUGUGCACCUCACCUGUGAUUCAUGGGUUCAGCCCAAGUAUGAUAAUCCUGUCAAGAGAGUCUUCUUUACAGACAAGUCAUACUUGCCAUCACAAACACCAAGUGGAUUGAGAAGGUUGAGGGAAGAGGAAUUGGAACUACUAAGAGGGAAUGGAGAAGGAGAACGCAAGAGCUCUGAUAGAAUAUAUGAUUAUGAUGUGUACAAUGAUCUUGGGGAUCCUGAUUCUAACAUUAACCUCAAAAGACCUGUUCUUGGAGGCUCCAAACAAUAUCCAUAUCCAAGAAGGUGUCGUACUGGUCGAGAACACACUGAUUCAGAUCCAUCAUCUGAGAAGAGAAGUUUAGAUUUUUAUGUUCCUCGCGAUGAGACAUUUUCUGAUGUAAAACAGUCACAAUUCACAAUGAGCACAAUAUCCUCAGGACUGAGUGCAAUUUUAGAAUCCUUAGAUGCAAUUCUCACUGACCAAAAUCUUGGAUUUAGAAGCUUCGAAGACAUAGACACGAUCUACAAAGAAGGAUUUAAGUUACCACCUCUUAAAGGCAAUGGCCUAAAUUUCCUCCAAAGAACCGUUCCCAGGUUGAUCGAGGCUGCUAAUGAUAGCCAGAACCUUUUGCGCUUUGAUACCCCGGAAACACUUAAAAGGGACAAAUUUUUUUGGUUUUCAGAUGAGGAAUUUGCCAGAGAGACUUUGGCAGGGGUGAACCCAUAUAGCAUCCAAUUGGUCAAGGAAUGGCCUCUAAGAAGUAAACUAGAAUCCCAAAUCUAUGGUCCACCAGAAUCAGCUAUCACCAGAGAAGUCAUCGAGCCACAUAUACUAGGUUAUGGCACAAUUGAAGAGGCCAUUAAAGAGAAGAAGUUGUACAUGUUAGACUAUCAUGAUCUAUUGUUACCAUAUGUAAGCAAAGUGAGAGAGAUUGAAGGAACCACACUAUAUGGAUCACGAACACUAUUCUUUCUCACUAAACAAGGAACAUUGAAGCCACUAGCUAUUGAGCUCACUAGGCCACCUAUUGAUGGCAAGCCACAAUGGAAGCAAGUCUUCACUCCUGCUUCUUAUUCAAUUUCUCAUUCAACCAAUCUUUGGCUUUGGAGGCUUGCCAAAGCUCAUGUUCUUGCCCAUGAUGCUGGUGUUCAUGAACUUAUAAAUCAUUGGUUAAGAACUCAUGCUGUCAUGGAACCCUUUGUCAUUGCAACAAAUAGGCAACUCAGUGUCAUGCAUCCAAUCUACAAACUACUGCAUCCACAUUUGACAUACACUCUAGCUAUUAAUUCACUUGCUCGUGAAAUUCUUAUCAAUGGAAAUGGGAUCAUUGAAAAAUCAUUUUCACCAAAUAAAUAUUCAAUGGAGUUAAGCUCCGCGGCAUAUGAUCAACUUUGGCGAUUUGAUUUGCAAGCACUUCCUAAUGAUCUUAUUGACAGAGGAAUUGCUGUGGUAGAUCCAAAUGCACCACAUGGCCUAAAGCUAACAAUUGAAGACUACCCUUUUGCCAAUGAUGGUCUUCUCAUAUGGGAUGCCAUCAAACAAUGGAUAACUGAGUAUGUCAACCAUUACUAUCCAACCCCAAGUAUCAUAGAAUCUGACCAAGAGCUUCAACCAUGGUGGACAGAAAUUAGAACAGUGGGUCAUGGAGACAAAUCUGAAGAACCAUGGUGGCCAAAUCUCAAAACACCAAAAGACCUUAUUGACACCAUCACCACCAUAGCUUGGACAGCAUCUGCUCAUCAUGCAGCUGUUAACUUUACCCAAUAUACUUAUGGAGGCUAUUUUCCUAAUCGACCGAACAUUAUUAGAACCAAAAUACCUACAGAAGAUCCUUCUAAGGAAGAGUGGGAAACUUUUCUAAACAAUCCUGAGCAAACUCUUUUGGAGUCUUUCCCAUCACAAAUCCAAGCAACUACAAUGAUGUUAGUUUUUAACAUACUAUCAUAUCAUUCCCCAGAUGAAGAGUAUAUUGGGCAAUACUUGAAGCCAUCAUGGGCUGAGGAUCCAACUAUAAAGGCAUCCUUUGAAAGGUUCAAUGGGAGACUCAAGGAAAUUGAAGGUAUUAUAGACUCAAGGAAUGCAGAUUGUAAUAUGAAAAAUAGACAUGGUGUUGGGGUGGUGCCUUAUGAGCAGAUGAAGCCAUUUUCAGGACCUGGAAUCACUGGAAAAGGAAUUCCAUAUAGCGUAUCCAUUUAAAGACUCAUACUUUUUAAGUGGAAUAUUCAUUGAUAAUUUUUUUUGUUGCAAUAUUUGGUACUGUCCUCAACAACAAGCAUUUUGAUAUAAGACUUUUCAUUUCCCACAUUUUUAGUGAGCAAGAAUCAUAUUGUCCUACAAUAGAUCUUAUGUUGCUAUCUCAAUUGGUUCAUAUGAAAUAUAUUGAUGGUGAAGUACAAGGGGCAUUGGCCUACUUACA